CCCGGCCGCCAUCUUGCGCACGGGGGCGGUGCUGCGGGGCGGGCGGGCGAGGCCCGCGCGGGCAGUUCGAAGGCGGCGCCAUGGCGGAGCCCGGCGGAGCCGGGCCCGAGCCCAACGCCGAGCCCGAGCCCGAGCCCGAGCCCGAGCCCGAGGUGACGGUGAACAUCCCCUUCCUGAUCCGCCUGCGGGAGCAGCUGAAGCAGCAGCUGAUGGAGUGCCAGACCGCAGCCCAAGCCUGUCAAGGAGGGUGCCCUGACCAUGACGUGGAAGAAAAGGCUACUACGGAAUCCAUGCAAAAUUUGGAAAACGAACUGGAGAAAAUAAAAACCUCCUUCAAGAACAAGACAUUAUUCGUGCAAAGGAUGCAGUUUGCGGAUGCCCUGCGAAAGAAAAUGGCUGAAAAUGAUGGUGAGGCAAGACUGAUUGUGGAUACUCUACUGAACACAGUAGAGCUCAGCCGGGCAAUAAUUGAAUUUCAAAAAGAAACACGUGACAUUGAAGACAAAGUGAAUGCCAUUAGAAGGAAAAGACUCAUUCUAAGACAGGCUGAAGAAGACAAACUACAGAAAAUUCAUCUCAUGAUGCAAAAAAUAAAGGAACUAGGGAGUAAGGAAGUGAAUGAAAUGCUGGAGAAAAUACGUAAAAACCUACAAACUGAAAGAGCGAUGACUACAGUAAUUCAAAAUGUAUUCCAGAGCAUCAUCAUUGGAAGCCAGGUUAACUGGGCAGAAGAUCCAUCUUUGAAGGCUAUUGUUCUACAGCUUGAAAAAAAUGUCUCCGAGUCAGAAAGAUGACCUUUCAUAUUUAAAGUGUACAUAAUCAAUAUAUAAUCAAUAUUCAAUGCAUCAUAGAAGCUCAGUUUUAUGAAUUUGAAAUUUUGGCCUUCUGGAAGUUCUCUCUAGACUCAGAAUAUGGCUAUGCAACUCACUGAGGUGAAUUUUUAAUUCCUGGUAAAGAACAGUCAUUGCAACAAGUAAUGGAGCUGAGAAGCCUGUGAAGGGCUACUUUAUAGCUGUUUGAAGUCAAGAACUCGUUUCCUCCUGAAAUUCAGCAAUAAGACAAGAAAGAGUAUCAAUUUAUAUAACCUACACAUGACAAGCUUUUACCUAGAAGGCAUUACACCAGGGCACUGCCACUGCUUUUCUGCUCCGCCUUCCUCCUGUUUCUGUAUUCCUGCCCACACCACCGGACCCUGCAGUGUCCCAGUAGAAAGCUCAAAGUGUAAAACUUGAUUAGGAAAGUGUUUGUCUGGCGGCUUUUUUGUUGUUGUUGUUUAGUUAUUGUAGAAUUUUAUGCCUA